GCGCUGCAGUGUGCACAGCCCGCAACGGCCGUCGUCGUCGCUGUGUUGAGCCGGCGCAAUGGCAACCUCCACCUCAGUUCCCGUUCUCCUGCUCCUCGCCGCCGCCACCGGCCUCCUGCUCCCCAGCUCGCUGGCGUCGACGAGCAACUGUCCCCCGCCCGCGCACGGCGGCAGUGGUGGUGGUGGGCGCGUCCAGCCGUCGUACCCAGCGCCAGCCAGUGGCUCGCCGAAAGGCUACCGCUCCGGCGGCGGCCACAGCCACCCGCCCCACCAUGGCAAGCCGCCCAAGCGCCACCACGGCCCCCCGUCCAACUGCCCGCCGUGCAACCCGCCGUACGUGCCUCCGACGCCUCGGCCGUCACCGCCGUACGUGCCACCGUACGUCCCGCCGACGCCUCGCCCGUCGCCGCCCUACGUGCCACCAUACGUCCCCCCGACGCCUCGGCCGUCGCCGCCGUACGUGCCACCGUACGUCCCGCCGACGCCUCGGCCGUCACCGCCGUACGUGCCACCGUACGUCCCGCCGACGCCUCGCCCGUCGCCGCCCUACGUGCCACCAUACGUCCCCCCGACGCCUCGGCCGUCGCCGCCGUACGUGCCACCGUACGUCCCGCCGACGCCUCGCCCGUCACCGCCCUACGUGCCGCCAUACGUCCCACCGACGCCUCGCCCGUCACCGCCCAACGUGCCGCCGUCGCCGCCCUACGUGCCGCCGUACGUGCCGCCGACGCCGCCGUACGUUCCGCCGACGCCGCCGGCGUCGCGGACGUGCCCGAUCGACACCCUGAAGCUGAACGCGUGCGUGGACGUGCUGAGCGGGCUGAUCCACCUGGUGAUCGGGCAGGAGGCAAGGUCCAAGUGCUGCCCGCUGGUGCAGGGGAUCGCGGACCUGGACGCGGCGCUGUGCCUCUGCACCACCAUCCGCUUGCGCCUGCUCAACAUCAACAUCUACCUCCCCAUCGCGCUCAACCUGCUCAUCACCUGCGGCAAGCACCCGCCGUCGGGCUUCCAGUGCCCGCCGCUCUACGACUGAGAGAUCACCGGCCGGCUACCGCCCAUCGAUGUAUACGCGCCAUUGCAUGGCGCUUUCCUAGUAAUCAGGCAUCGUGUGUGCAAGCUAGCUAGCUACUGCAACAUGUCUCUACAAUUUGUGUCGUAAUUUCUUCUGUGUGCUCUCUUGGGUAUGCAUGUGCGCUCUCUUGGGUAUGCAUGUGCGCUUGCCUACUUGGCGUCAGGACUCGGGAUCGAAAUCUUCUCUAAGUGUGUGGCUCGCAUAAUCAGUCGAUGUAUCAUGUUGCUCUUGUUUUCUGGUGAGGGCACAUGCACAGCGGCAGGAUUUCGUUCAGCUGCUUCGUUUUCAGAAAUAUAGUACCCCCUCCAUCCCAAA